GAAAAAAAGCUCUGAAUUUCACAAAAUUCCAAACCCGACCCAACUCGGAAAAAUCAAGCUCAAACCAAAAUUCUCUUUUCACUGUUCCGGAACUGGAAAAAGCUUCUUCUCCUCUCUUCGUCAGCUCCCCGUUGGAUUGAACAGAGAAAGAGAGACGGGGAGGAGGGUUUUCGAAUUAUCGGAUUCUUCUUUUUUCCCAAAUUACCCCUGUGGUUUGUUUAAAUGCCAAAUUCAAAUUCUUGUAGUCCUUGUUGUUGUUCAAGAUAAUCACGAAGCAGCGACCAUGAUCGUGAGGACAUACGGUCGCCGCAACAAAGGAAUCGCGAGGGCUUACUCGGACUCCUUAAACGACGACGUAGCGGACCCUUUCAGAGACUCUUUCUCUUCCCAAGAAGCGCCGCCGCAAGAUUUUUAUAGCUUCCCCUUUUCUUCUCAGGAAUCUUCUUCUUUCUGGCCUUCUUCGCUCGAUCCCAGCUCAUCCCAGGACAACUCUCAAUCAACUUUGCGGAGGAAAUCCCAUUUCGAUGACGAUUCGACCAACGGCGUCGUGAGGAGGGGCAAGAAGCAUAGGAGCGGGAACACUGGUAAAAGGUUUCCCCCUUCUUCUUCUUCCUCUUUUGCUCAUUCAUCUGGGUCCUUGAUUCCGGUUACCUCAACGCUGAUGGAGGCCCAGGAGUUUGGGGAGAUGAUGGAGCAUGUUGACGAGGUAAAUUUUGCGCUUGAUGGGCUAAAGAAGGGCCAGCAGCUGAGGAUCAGGAGAGCCAGCCUUUUGUCCUUGUUGUCGAUUUGCGGUACUGUGCAGCAGAGAAGGCUGUUGAGAGCUCAAGGGAUUGCAAAGACUAUAGUUGAUGCUCUUUUGGGUCUCAGUCUUGACGACACGCUAAGUAAUCUGGCUGCAGCUACUCUUUUCUUUGUAUUGACGGGUGAUGGUCAAGAUGAGCACCUUCUGGAGUCACCCUCCUGCAUUCGUUUUCUAAUUAAAUUGUUAAAACCAAUUGUCUCCACCACAACUGAGGACAAGACACGAAAGCUGGGAUGCAAACUUUUGUCAUUACGCAGGGAUGCUGAUGUUGUUCGAGAUACAACUAAAGUGUCAGAUUCAAGCUCUGCUGCUAUUAUUUCCAAAGUUCAGGAAAUUCUGGUUACUUGCAAGCAAUUAAAGCCUCCAGAUGGGGAUGGCAGUGGAGUCAAGAGGCCAGAAUUAAACCCAAAAUGGAUAGCUUUGUUGAUUUUGGAGAAAGCUUGCUUAUCUAAAAUUUCAUUUGAAGAUAACCCAGAUACAGUGAGAAAAACUGGGGGCAACUUCAAGGAAAAAUUACGAGAGCAUGGAGGACUUGAUGCGGUUUUUGAGAUCGCCAUGAAUUGUCAUUCUGUUAUAGAGGGAAGGAUGGAGUGUAGUGUAUCUUCUUCUAAGGACAGAAAAGAUCAUUUGGAUAAAGAGACUCUUGCCUUACUUCUAAAAUUUUUGAAAAUCAUGGAGAAUGCAGCAUUCCUUAGUAAAGAUAAUCAGACUCAUUUGCUUGCAAUGAAAGGAAACCUGGCUUCUUGUCAGUCACAACUGUCUUUUAUGGAACUUAUGAUUAGCUUCAUCAAGAUUCUUUCGCGUCUCUAUCUACGCAGAAAUUUGGCAGCUGUGUCCAAUGAUGAAAAGCCUAGUAGUUUUUCUGAUGUGCUUGGUCAUGCUUCUGAAUUGGCGUUCGCAGAUGAUUUUAAAGCAGACAACAAUGAGGUUAUAUGCAUAAGUUCUACAAAAUGCUUAAAUACAGGGACUUCCUCUAGGAAGAGCUCCCAUGCAUCUCAGAACAAUCAAUCAACUCUGCAGUCAAGUCGCUCUGUAUCUGGUUCUGAAACGACUACUGCGCCAAUGAAUGAUCGUUGUUUGCUAAGGAUUAGAUUCAAUGAAACGGAUGAGAACAGUUUGAGCAUUGAACCUGAACUUCAGAAGGAUAAACAUCUUACUGAGCAAGAGUCAGAUCUCCUUGUUGCAAUAUUGGGCUUGCUUGUAAACUUGGUAGAGAAAGAUGGAUGCAACAGAUCACGGCUUGCAGCAGCAAGUGUUUCGUUACCUAAUUCAGAGGGGUUGGAAGAAGAGAAUCACAGGGAUGUAAUUCCACUACUAUGUUCUAUCUUUCUUGCCAACCGUGGAGCAGUUGACCCAGCUGGAGAAGAGAACCUGGUCUCAUGGAAUGAUGAGGAAGCUUUGUUACAAGGGGAGAAAGAAGCAGAGAAGAUGAUUGUGGAAGCUUAUGCAGCAUUGUUACUUGCAUUUAUUUCGACUGAGAGUAAGAGUAUACGGAAUGCAAUUUCUGAUUGUCUCCCAAAUCGCAAUCUGGCAAUUCUGGUGCCUGUGCUAGAGAAAUUUGUGGCAUUUCAUUUGACCUUGAACAUGAUCUCACCGGAGACUCAUAAAGCUGUUAGUGAAGUAAUCGAGUCAUGUAGGGAGCCAUGAGAAGUUGAGAAAUGAAGAUUCUCUUGUACAGCUUCAGCCUUCAGCCCUUGUAGAUUAGAUUUAGGUUAUUACAUGAUGCCAGUGCCCAAGAGGCUGGGAUUUCUGCAGCAUAUAUUGUAUCAGAUCCGACUACAGGCCUGUGUUAUAGUCUGAUUGACCUGUUUCCAUCUAUCCAUCCCUCCACCCCUUCUCUUUUUCUUUGAUUAACAGUUUUUGUUUCAUUCCUUCCUUAAGUAUUCUUUUAUAGCUCUUUAAUCGAAUCAUGGUGCAGGCUUCGCUGCUUGUAUACAGAAAUGAUAGUAGAAUCAAAAUUUUCUUACUGACGUAUAUCUUAUAUGUAAUUUUUUUUACCCGUUUCCAGCGUACAUGCCUCUGCAAGGGAUUAUUGUUUGUUUCAAAAAGAUUAUUGUAAAUAGAGAUUCGAGAAUGGUAAAUGGUUUUAUGUGAUUUC